CGAAUACUGAAUACUGGAACCUGAAAACCGAAUCCAGACUUCAGGUUUGACCCCCCGAGCUUUCUAAUCUUAGACACAUGUGACUCAUGACUGCUUUCACAAUGUUGGGACGUCGGUCGCUCAGGAACGGCAGCAUGGCGAAGCAGAGAGCACAGCGAAUGUGGAUCACCUGCCUGCAUCGACCAGAUGGUACCGGCGUCAUGGCCGAAUGUCACGAAAGGACAAGGCCACGAGGCAGCAGUAUUUGUCACCACCAGAAGAGAAGGCGCUCGCAGAGUACAUGCUGCGCAUGGCGCACGCGGGCUCUCCCCUCCCGGUGAAGUCUCUCCGACAUCUCGCGCGAACGAUUCGCAGACAGCAAUGUUCGUUGAUGCAAGUGGCAGCGUCCAAUGAUGUGCCUCUUCCCGGGAAGAACUGGCCGCAAGCGUUCUACAAACGUCACCCCGAACUGCGAGCUCGACGCACGAAGGCGAUUGAUCGCAACCGGCACCAUGACAGUAUACAUGAAAAGGUGUCGGAGUGGUUCGGAAUAAUGCAGAAAGUGCUCAAAGAUCCUGUGAUUCUUCCGGAGAAUGUGUAUAACAUGGAUGAGACCGGCGUGAUGCUGAGCGUUUUGGGAUCUCUGAAGGUGCUUGUAGAUCGUGAUGACCUGCGAACGACAAGGCCAUCUUGUGUUCAACGAACACUGAUUACAGCGAUCGAAUGCAUCUCGGCAGAUGGUAGGUACCUCGAUCCGCUGAUUAUUUGGCCGGCUGUGACGCACCGCAGCACAUGGACUGCGUAUCCUACACCCGGCUGGCACUUUGCUUGCUCCAAGUCCGGAUAUACCGACACUGCGAUCAGCCUGUAUUGGGUGCAGCACGUGUUCGACCCUCUGACACGAUCCCGAGCGAAGGGCAGACCGCGCCUGCUCAUCAACGACGGCUUUGGCACGCACGAGUCACUCGAGGUGUUGACAUACUGCUUCCAGAACAACAUCGUCCUCUGUCGACUGCCCUCGCAUACUUCCCACAAACUUCAGCCGUGCGACGUGGGCGUGUUCGGGCUCUUGAAAACAGCAUAUCGAGAGCAAGUGGAGUGCUUGUAUCGCGGAGGCGCCACCACGAUAGGCAAACAGCACUUCACAUCAUUGUACAGCAAAGCUCGACAGACUGCGUUUACGUCCCGAAACAUCCGCUCGAGCUGGGCCAAAGCUGGCCUGUUUCCAUUUCAACCCGGCCGAGUGCUCGAUGAGAUCCAGCCUGCGGAAGCGGUGCCAUGUGAAACUGAGGCGCAACAAUCGGUUCAAGUGUCUGAGGCUGCUGAUCAGACCCUGCGCACGCCCACCACCGUCACCAGCUUCCACAACGUGCGCCGGCAGCUCGAGAGCAAGCUUGACCGCCAGGACGAGCAGUCUCGCGCGUACCUUCGCAAAAUCACGAAUGCUGCAGAAAAAGUCUACGCCGAUCGUGCUCUUCUAUUCGACGAGAACAGACUCUUGUUUGAACAGAACAAUGAAAAGUCGAUGCGAGGUUCGACGAGGGCAACGAUCGUGGGACGAGCCAAAGUCAUGUCAUACGAUGAUAUCGUCGAAGCGCAAAGGAGACGGAGCGAGAAGGAACUUGGCAUGGCCGUACCGCACGAGGCAGUUCCACCCUUUACAGCACCCGUUGCGCGAAUGCUGAGCGAGGCUGACCAAGAGGCUCUGGAAGCAGCAGAUGAGAUUGAUGCAAUGGGGUUCGCCCAGUACUGCCACGUCCUGCGCCUUGAGAGGUCUUAGUGUUUGGCACAUCGGUCGUGAGGAUGGCGCAGCUCGGCUAUUUGUAUGAUACUCUUCACAUCAGCAAGCGGGAUGGCAUGUGCGAUUCGCAGUGGUGUCGUUGACUCGCUCAUACGAAAGCAAUUUGCAAAUCACUGCGCCUGGAGAACGUGAACCAGCAAUACGUGUUUCGACA